AUGAUCCUAUCAGUAUUAAUCCUAACAGCGACCACUCUGAACCAAAUCGCCUGCAGGCGACUCGAAGACAUCAGCAACGAGGUGAGCAACAACCCCGAGGAGAAUCUGUCGUUCUCGUCGGGCGAAUGGGUGAAGAUCAGCAAUCCCCCCGUACCGGUGAUGACGAAGAAGUUCGGCGCUCACAUGGAACUCCAUUGCGAGGCGAUGGGGUCGCCGCCUCCGACCAUACAGUGGUACAAAUCGAAUCGUAGGAUAACGGAAAACGAGGUCUUCGAGACAAAUUCGAUCAUGAGAAACGCCGCUAUCGCACAGGUUUCCUCGAGACUGGUUAUAAACUACUUAUUACCGAGACACCAGGACGUGUACAGGUGCGUGGCGGAAGCGGGAACCAAAGUCGAUACAGCAGCGACGAAAUUGAUCGUUACCGAUGGUAGAGAAAUGAAUUUCACUCAGUUACUUAGCGCCAAGAUCCUCGGAGCCUACCAUCUGCCGAGGGUGACGUUUUGGGCCACCACUUACAUGGACGUUAUAGGCAACGAUGUGACUCUGCCCUGCAAGUUCGUGGGUAAUCCGCGACCUAGCGUCAUUUGGUUAGAUUCCAACAGCAAGGUCAUCGAGCAAAGCGAAAAGUUCUCUUUAUCCCAAGAGGGCGAGCUAAGAAUAAGGUCCCUCGAAUGGACGGAUAUGGGCGCUUAUGUAUGUGCAUUAGAGAAUUCCGUAGGCGAAGAUUCCAUAGAGACCUUCUUAUAUCCACUGCAGGGUUCGAAGUAA